UCGAUUCGACACCCACCUUCCCCACAUGGUGCGCGCACCAAACAGCACAGAAACAGCUUAGCCCCCUCAAAAUUCUCUCCGCUACAAAACCAAACUCGCUCAACUCACUCAAACCGAGUCAGACUCUGACUCAAUUCCCAAACCCGGAAAAAAGCAAAACAAUGAAUCGCAUCAGAUCGAAUAGGCGGGUCCAAAUCGACGAAUCCCAAGAACCCAAAUACGACGUCGCUGAGGACGGCGCAGAGGGAAAUGGAUUGCGACUCAGACUCUCAGAUAUCAACGUCACCGAAGAUCAAGAACCUUUCAUGGGCGUCAAGGUUCGCAGAAGAGCCUCGCUUCACAGAGACUAUAAGGGUGACUACAUUGACGUGGCCUCACAUCCCUACUUGAUGAAAAUUUUGCAGAAACAAGGUGACAAGCAAGUUGUAUUUGCCGAUAAAGUCUUGAAGUUCACUGGUUCAGGGAAGAUGAAACGGCGUAUCUUAUUAAUUACCGACUUCGCCAUUUACAUUCUUGACCCUGAGACUGAUGCACUUAAACGGAGGAUUUCCCUGGCAGCUGUGGAGAAGAUGUGUUUGAGUGAACUAAGUGACAAUUUCUUUGCAAUAAUCAUUCCUACAGAGUAUGAUAUACUCAUGGCCAGUACCCGGAAGACUGAAAUUGUCACUGUGUUAGUUGAAGCUACUAAGAGUGCGUCGGGUGAAGUUGAGGUGGCUUUUUCAAAUAGUUUUGAGUAUCAGGCAAGCGCUGAAUUGACAAAGGAAGUACAAUUCGAGGAAGUUGAAGGAGGUGUUAAAACAAGAAUCUUGAGAAAAUGAGUUGCACUUCAUUCCUUUGCCAUCGCGUGUUGUGGACUCUGCAAGGGAUUGGAAAUAUAGUAAAGACGAGUGAUUCUUUAAACAUGGCAUCCAAAGGUUGCGCUCAGCAUCAAGCUUCAUUGAGAAAUACAUAGUUUUUUUUUUUUUUUUUUGGUUUGCUUUUGAGUUCAAAUAUCCUGUGUGUAAUCUUGUAUAAAAGAAGAUAUUGUAAUUUUUUCAAUUUCAAACCAGUUUCAUCUGGA